AUGGCCGCCGCGCGCAUACCGGGCUUCAAUGCUCGAGCCUCGCUCCCAAUCCGAGUUUUCAAUUCUAUCACAAGCCCUCACCACCAACUAUGCGUGCGCUACCUUCACAAAUCUCUAAAACCCGCGGCAGUCCCAGCUCCUACUCCGUUCGUGCCAGAUACUGAAACAUUCCUACGCCUAAUCGGACGAAACAUGUCUAGAUAUGCUAGCAAGCUCACCGAAUGGAACAAGCUGUUCACAGCCGACGCGGAUGAGCUUCGAGAAUUGGGGAUGGAGACCACAAGGGACAGAAGAUAUUUAAUGCGGUGGAGAGAAAAGUUUCGAAAGCAGGACUACGGCCCUGGCGGAGAUCUGGACCAUGUCGUCGAUGGAGUUGCUGAGCUGAGAGCUGUUGAGGUCCCGAUCAAGACCAACCAGUCGGCAGAGAAUACCAAGAACGGAGAUGCCUUAAACGUCGGUCUAAUGGGUACCGCUACCCUCACACCUGGAAUGCACUAUGUGAUUGUCAACCUACCUCCCGGCGAAACGAAGCUGAAAGAUCCUACCCAGCCAAUCAAGAGAUACGCCCACUAUAAACUGCACCGUGGGAAUAUGAUUAAAGGUCCAUUUGCUCAGAUUAUUCCACAUUCAUGGAGUACUGCUGUCAAGGUUCAGGUUACGGAUGGUAUGUGGGAACAUAAGCGUGGUAGAAAGAUUGACGGUGGCCAAAGGAGGCAGAAGGAAAUUAGGGCAAAGAGGUGGCUGGCAGAGAGAAAGGCUGCUCAGGCAGCUGCUUAG